AUGAAGUUCACCAUCGCAACCUCGGUCCUCGCCGCCAUCCCCCUGGCCAGCGCCCACUACACCUUUGGCGGGCUCAUGCACAACGGCGCCAUCGUCGGCAAGGACUGGCAGUACGUGCGCGAGCACACGCGCAGCUACAUGCCCACCUUCAAGGAGGAGGCCGCCACCUCCAACGACUUCCGCUGCAACAAGGACGCCGGCUCGGGCAACAAGACGGACGUCUACACCGUCAAGCCGGGCGACAAGCUCGCGCUCAGGCAGGCGUUUGACCCCAGCGGAAUGAAGCACCCCGGCCCCGCGCAGGUGUACGUCUCGCGCGCCCCCGGCUCGGUCAAGGAGUACGACGGCGCCGGCGACUGGCUCAAGGUUCACCAGUCGCUGCUCUGCAAGGACCCCCUCGUGGCCACCGACCUGCAGAACAACGGCUGGUGCAUGUACGGCGAGAACAACAUCGAGUUCGAGGUUCCCGAGACCCUGAUUGACGGCGAGUACCUGGUCCGCGCCGAGCACAUCGCCAUCCACGGCGCCCACGACGGCAAGGCCGAGUUCUACUACGCCUGCGCCCAGAUCCGCAUCCAAGGGUCCAACGCCACCGCCAUGCCCACCGGGGCCGAGACCACCAAGAUCCCGGGCGUCUACAAGACCACCGAUGCCGCCAUUAACUUUAGCGUCUGGGCAGGCAAGACCGCCUACCCUUACACCCCCGGCAUCGCUGUCGCCCCGGGCGGCACCAUCAGGGGAAGCGCCGACGGCAAGAGCAAGGCCAUCGUCAAGGUCGACGCUGUCGGUUCUGAUGCCUCCCCUGCCGCGUCUGGUUCCGCCGCUGCUGUCGUUGCUUCUUCCUCCUCCUCUUCUUCUGCCACCGCUGCCGCUUCUACCGCAGCUGCCACCGCCCCGGCCUCGACCCUGGCCACCAGCGUGAUCGCCACCCCGACCACCGCCGCCGCCGUCGCCACUUCCGCCAGCGCCUCCUCCACUGCCCCCGUCAGCGAGGCCAAGCCCACCGAGUCCGCCGGAGCCGGCUGCAAGGAGGGUUCCCGCGGCCGCCACCACCGCUUCCGCGGUGCCACCCGCGCCUAA